UUUAUUCUAUUUUUUAAAUGUCGUUUUUUUUACUUUGUAUUGGGUAAACGAUCGCAUUCCCACAAAUCACUGUAAAUUUGAGAGAUUAUAAUUGAUAAUCUUAUCUUAUCGACGCUAUGCGAGAAUUCAAUUUGUUAAAAAUAUUUUAUUUUUCUUGUAAUGAUGUGUAGUAAUUUUAGAAAGUAGUGUUGAGUGUGUGACUACCUGUGAGUGAUUUUAAAGUCUAGUUUUCUAAAAAAAAAGUUUUUACGAAAAGAAAAGAAAAUCAAAAAAGAAAAAAAAGAAAACAGACAUUAAAAUGAAUAAAUGUUCAAGUUCAACUAGUACGUGUGCUUGCGCCAGUACUCAAAUAAAAGAAAACAGAUCAUCGAGAGAAAUUAUUUUCGGAUGGGAUAGAUUCAGCACAAUAGCGUCUCUUAUUUUAAUUGUUGCUUUCAUUACCUGGAGUGUUAUUUUCUUCCUGUCAAUUGAUAAUCACAGUGGUCACAGUGCUGAUGGGGGUCAUGGUGACCAUGGCGAUCACGGCGAUCACGGAAGUGAUGGUGACCAUGGUGAUCACGGCAAUCAUGGAAAUGAUGGUGACCAUGGUGAUCACGUCGAUCAUGGAAGUCAUGCUGGGCACGAAGACAGUAAAGAUCAUAGCAAUCUUCACUUUAUUCCAUUAAUGUCGAAAUUUCAUUUGGCAGCAGAUCAAGAGAAGAUGAAUUUCGGUCAAUAAAGGCCGAGAAGUGGUUUACUGUCAACAACCUAAGAAACAAGAAGAUUGGAGUCGAAUUUCUGAAAAGUUACCUAAUGUUUAACCCAUUUUUAUCAAACUUUGAAAGUCAACAGUCCCUUUGUUUACAAUACCUGUCGAUUGCAACUUAACUUAAAAUUUCGAAGUUCGAAAUUUAAAAUUGAUACAAGUGAUUAGAUGCAUUUUAAAAAUUAUUAAAU